ACUUCCCGCGAGACGACCGUUUGUUUACACGCGCAGAGGAAGUUAGCGCUCGCGGCUCCUUGGCUAAAGCUAAAAGCUGAAUUUAAACACUAACUGCCGGCUCAGUUUGGCGUUUUGGGCUCGGUAGUUCGCCAUGGGGAAGUCAUUUGCGAAUUUCAUGUGCAAGAAGGAUUUUCAUCCUGCGUCCAAGUCAAAUAUCAAAAAGGUAUGGAUAGCAGAACAGAAACUGACGUUCGAGAAGACCAAGCAAGAAGAACUUAUGCAGGCCUACCUGAAGGAGCAGGACACGUACAACAACAGGUUGUUGAUGGGGGAUGAUCGUGUUAAAAAUGGCCUGAAUUUCAUGUACGAGGCUCCACCUGGAGCAUCAAAAGAGGAAAAGAAUGAGGAAGGGGAAGAAGAGUACAAAUUUGAGUGGCAGAAGGUGGCUCCUCGAGAGAAGUAUGCAAAGGAUGACAUGAAUAUUCGGGAUCAGCCAUUUGGAAUCCAGGUUCGCAACGUGAGAUGUAUCAAAUGUCACAAAUGGGGCCACGUGAACACAGACAGAGAGUGUCCUCUCUAUGGACUCUCGGGUAUCAAUGCCAGCUCUGUGGCCUCGGAGGAGGCAGCAGGUCCGUCGAUGCACCCCUCGGAGUUAAUGGCGGAGAUGCGAAACAGUGGGUUUGCCUUGAAAAAAUGUGUCCUUGGUCGGAAUGCUACAGUUUGUGAUCUAGCGCAGGAAUAUGUUGCGAGCGAGGAAGAGGAGGAUCCCGAGGUGGAAUUUCUGAAGUCCCUGACGACCAAGCAGAAACAGAAGCUCCUCAGAAAACUCGAUCGCCUGGAAAAGCAGAAGGCCAAGAAAAAGAAGAGCAAAAAACAGAAGAAGAAGAAAAGCAAAAAAAGCCACAAGAAAAAGCAUGAAAGUAGCGAGAGCUCGAGUGACUCUUCCAAUAGCAGCAGCAGCAGUAGUAGUAGUAGUAGCGAUGGUGACAGUGACUCAGAUUCAGACAGCCGUGGAAAGUUCAAGAGCCAAAAGAAAAAGAAGAACAAGAAAAAAGAUUCCUGUCGGGAUAACAGCUCUAAGAGCGAGCGGCGAGUCAAGAGUCAGAAAAAGGCCUCCUCUCAUAGGAGCAGGUCACCGAGCCCUCACACCAGACAGAAGCGGCCUGAAGAGGAGUCGAGAGAUUACAGACAAACAGGGACAGAGAGGGGAAGGAGCAGGAGUCGACACCGCAGCCCGGAGAACAAGAUCAAGCUGGAGGGAGGUCGAGAGAGAAAGAGAGACAGCAGCAGGGACAGGCAGAGACCGAGCAGCUCCAAGCUUGGCUCGGACAGAAGCAGGAGCCGCGAGAGAGGCAGGGAGGACAGAGGUAAAGACAGGCGUCACAGCAGAGACGGAGAGAGGAACAGAAGUGGCACAGAUGGAAGGAGAGGCAGAACAGCGGAUGGGAGGAGUAGAAGCAGGGAAGGGAGGAAGGAAAGAGAGGGCAUGGGAAGGAGCAGGAGCAGGGAGAGAAGAGAGAGAAGCCAGGACAGAGGGAAGAGAAAGCGCUGACGUGUUUCUGUUUUUUAAUUCCUGCAUUACAAUAUUAGACGAGAUGUUUUUAGCCGUGUCUGUCCUGUAAUAUUCUCGGUGAUCAGUGGACCUCUAUUUAAAAGUGCAGAUGUUGUGUUGUCUUCCUCCAGUAGAGGGAAGCAGUGGACAGAAAAUAGCUCGCUGCUCUCUUGUGUUUUCUUGGACUAUGAAAGGCUCUAAAUUAAUUGAUAACCAUUAGAAGCAAUUUGCGGCUGUAAUCCGUUGAUGGGAAAAUGUUGGACUCAUUUUAAUGGUCAGUUGGCCACAAGAAAGACCGUUUUUUUUAUUAUUGUCUUCCUUCACAUUAGGAUUGUCUCUCUUUUCGGAAAUAUCCACAUUCGCUGUAAUACUUUAAAGACGGCUGUUUGAA